UGUUUAAUAUUCUUGUGUAGACAUGAUUUCAAUAUAUUUGUUGACACUUAUAGAUAUCAUAUAGAGACACAUCAUUGAAGGUUACUGGACCGAUGACAGGGUUUUAUUAAUAGAAGUGAAAUAUAAUGAUUUAAAUUAGUUAACAAUUAAUAAAAAGUGUAUUACCCAGUGUUUUGAUGUGAUGAUCUUAUUCUUUUGACAUAUAUGAGUCCGAGAUGGAACAGGAAAAUAAGAGUUAAUAAACGCAAAUAAUCAGACACUUCUGACACGUCCAAAAUGGCUGCAUUUCAAGGGGCACUAUGGUCCAUAUAUGCAACGAUGUUAUGUGUGAUUUCUUCUGUGCUGAUAGCUUCAGGGGAACUUAUACCAGACGAACCCCGUGUGUGCACAAAUACUAGUCUUACCUUCACGUGUAGCGACCCUGGCAACGCCAGUGCAUUGCAGCUCCUUGUUUUCAUGGUAGACUUUGUUAUGAUUCCUGAAUCCGAGCUCGAUCGAGGAGAAAGCAAUGUCAGCUACACAAUCCCUCGUAUAUCAACAGCAGAUACCAAUGCCAAUGUGUUUUGUGGAUAUGUCAAUGAAAGUUUAGAAUAUUAUGAAGACAUAGGAAUGGCGUUUGUAACUGUAUAUAGUUAUCCCAAAGACCUUGAAGAAAUUCACUGCGAAGUAGAUGACUAUGACAAAGCUAUGACAUGCACCUGGAAAUGGGGACAGGAAUACUUUGGCAAGAACACUCCAGAAGUCACAUGCCAGUUUCGAGCCCCAGAACUCUCAGCCUCAUGGACAAUAUGUAAUGCUACAAAAAAAGGCAAAGGAGUAACUCUACAGAUAAACAGCACAAGGCAAGGGGACUUCAGUUUGAAGAAAAUGGAAUUCAACAUGACGCUCGAGUCUCAGUGUGACAUAUCUACCUCCAAAGUGUUUCCAAUAGAUACAAACAAUAUUGUCCGGCCAGCACCAGCAUAUAACCUCACUACUGCUGUUUUGAACAGUUCCUGCAUAGAAUUUCACUGGCAUCACAGGUCACCACAUCAUAACAAGACACAUCGCAUAACUGUUACAAGCAAAUGGAAUGAUACACAGGUCAAGGAAUUAAAUGCUACUCAUGAUACUGUCAGUAGGAUCAACCAUACGAUAUGUGACCUUCACCCUUCUACAACCUACUCAGGCAGCAUUGAAAUGAUGCCAAUUGUGGGGGGAUACUGGAGUGACGAAUCGCAAGUCAAAGGCACAACAAAGGAAGAUAGGCCCUCUGCCAGCCCGGAGGUCAUUGGGUACACUUGGGACCCACUGGAAUGUGACAAGGGUACACACAGAAGGGUCAGAGUUUUUUGGAAGCCUGUACCAGAAAUAGACAAAAACGGGGAGAUGAUAUUUUACAACGUAACUCUAUGGCCGAAAGGGAAAGCCAAAAUUAUGAACGUGGAUGGUAUUGCAGCGAGUUUCUAUUCAGUGAAUUUACUGGGCAUAUUGUGUGACAUGUCGUACAGUGUUACUGUAGUGGCCUACACAAGCAUUGGAGGUUCCCCGCACAAUUCUUCGUUCAUUGUGCUUCGUCACUCAACUAUUGAGCGACCUCAUUUCAUGGUAGAGUCUGUUUCGAACAACUCCUCAGAAUCAGGAACAAACACUGUGGAUGUUGUAAUUCUGGGAGAUUCUGUGGAACAGAUGACAAAGAGUCGUGCUCACUACAUGAUUUGCUGGUGUGAAAAAGAUCGUGGGAGCUGCAAGCGAAUGUCAGUUUUACAAUGUGUUCCAUCACAAAUGAAGACAACCUCACUGCAGCUAGCCGAUCCAGAAAAUAAAAUGUAUGCUGUUGCAAUGGUAACAAAGGCUGGUGAUAUAAGCUCACUGGCCCUAGAAAGCUGUAUAUACCCAAAAAAUAUUGCCCCAACAGUGUCGCCAAAUAGCGUGAAAGCAAGCCCCGGGUCAGAAGACAACACCAUCAAUGUUAUAUGGGACAAGCUAACUUGCCAGUCAUGGCAGCCGUUUAUCGCAUUUUAUGUCGUGCAGUAUUGUACAGUGGUGAAGGAGGGCAUCAAUUCUUGCAAAGGCACAGUAGACUCAGUGGAGGUUCCUGAGAAGGAUUAUAGCUACAUGUUAACGGACCUGAAGGAGGAUGAAGUAUAUCGUAUUGUUGUUCGGGGAAUGACAAGAGAUGGAAAAUCUACCCCUGAUAGUGAACCAGCAUUUGCCCAGGCUAUAAAUAAAACAUUAAAACCUAGUGUAAUUCUUGGGAUCGCUUUUGGCUGUGUAGUUGCUCUGGCGUUUGCCAUUGCUGGAUUUGUAUGUACUGUAAGAAAAUGUAACUACCGACGUAUAGAAUUCUUGAGGAGUAAGAGAGAGAUUGUGGAUUUGCCCAUCUCAGGUCCGAUAGAGCAAAAUGAUAUAACCCUAGAAAGCUACACAAGAUAUUCAGAUCCCGCGAAUGUUAUACAUGAUGAAAAUCAUGCACAGGACAAGGGCUUGGAUAAUAACGGCUACCUCGUUCCUUCAGAUAGGAACAUUCCCAUCAAUGAAGAGCUUCACAAUGAUAAAAAGAGAAUUGAAAGGCAGGGGAGCAAGGACAGCGGAUAUCCGAUGUCUCCAACAAACAGUCCUCCUCCAGAUGAUUACAGUUGGGUUAGGGAAAAUGAAUCGGGUUCCUCCACAUCUGAUGAUGCUAAUAAUGAGAAAAAAGAUGGUGUAGUGGAUAGGAUGCCUCAUAAAGAUUCAACUGAUCCUCUGAUGCCAGGAGUUGUUAAUUCUGAUUAUGUGCUUAAUGUUGGUGACACUUCAGUGAAACAACUUAAUGAAAGUGGAGAUGGAGCUGACAAAACUUGUAAUGCAAGAGAUGAUGGCGAGACACUGCAAAAGGAGGUAGAUAAUGGAAAUGUUGAUUCGACUAAGGACUCAGGAUUUACUGAGAAGUCUUUUUUGAGAACUAAAUCAAACCAGCAUAUAUCUAUUUGUUCAGACAAUAGCCUUGAUGACUAUAGAAAGGCUACUAUAUCUGAGGAAGGGUCUCAGUGUUCUAGGAGAUCACUUCAAAGCAAAAACACGGGCAACGUUAGAUUGAGUGACCAAAAAUCUCUGAACACUGACAAUGUUCAAUAUACUGAAAAUCCUGAACUAUCUCAAACAGAACAGGAUUCAUUACCUUCAAGCCGCCAUAUUUCACUGCAAAGCAUAUCUUCAGAUGCUUCUGUUCAAAUGAUUGAACAAAUUCAUGCUAAAAACCUCUUACUAGAAAACAAACUACACAUCACCAAUAUCCCUGUUCCAACCCUUUUUAAUGUCAGUAAUUCUUCAAUCUUAGGGCUAUGUAUUAAUGAAAAAAACAGUGACUCUUAUUCUCAACCUUCGCAAGGGUCAUCAGGUCAAGAACCGGUAGCUGACUAUAUGAUCCUUGCAGACCAAACACCACAAGGUCAAGGACAUAUUGAAAAUAUUGUUGAACCUAUUGAGCUUGAAGAUAAUGAUCAAGUGGAAAGAGAAUUUAAUUUGGGGCAAGACUAUGUUCAAGCCCAAUCUAUAAAUGUAGGCCAAGGUCAAGAUUAUACCCAAAAUCAAGCAUAUGUUCAAGCUCAGGCAAAUCAAGUUCAAGGUCAAGAUUAUAUUCAAAACCCACAAUGUGUGGAAGUUCAGGCCAAUCUGGUUCAAGAUCACGAUCAAGAUUGUAUUCUUAAUCCACCUAAAUAUUAUGUUAAAGUUCCAGCUGAUCUAGGUCACAUUCAAGGUCAAGAUCAUAUUCAAAACCCAGUAUUUGUUCAAGCCCAGGCAAAUCAAGGUCCAGGUGAAGACUAUUAUCAAAACCCAACAGGUCAAAGGUCAAGGCAAUCUUCAGGUGCUAGUGAUAGCCAGAAGUCAGAUUCAGGAGUGAGUAGUAUAGAAGAACCAAGUAAUAGCCCUGACGCUGAACCAACUCCAAAUUUUCACGGCGGGUAUGUCUCUCAAAACAGUGUUCAAGCAGCGAAUCAGAUGAUGCCAACAUGAAAAGGUUCAAAUAAUGGGUAUGAGCAAAAUUGUUAUCCCUGACUCUUGUGUUGAAUAGACAUGAUGUCAAAAUACCCUGAUAUAAACAUUCAUCGCUUUUAAACCAAUGGAGAGAAUUAUUAGUCACAUAAUAAACCUGGGAAAAAACUGCACUUAAGGACUUUGAUUAAAAAUCUUUUUUCGUUAAACAAAAUGGGUUAAUUAUUAGUGAUGUUCCGAUGAUCGAUUAUAAUCGAAAAUCAAUUGGUUGGGCCUGAAAUCGCUGACAAUCGAUUGUAUUUGGUUAUAAUUGAUCAUCGAAAAAAAACUGAAAAAAAUAUAAGUAAGUGUUCAGACGUUAUAUGUAACAAAAUGGCAGAUGAAAGCCACAAUGAGCAAGUAAAAAUGAACUAUUUUUUAUAUAACACUUAAUUACUUCAAUCAUAGACAUAACGUAUAUGCAUAUAAUGAUUGAGAGUUUAAUAAUGUGCAUGAAAAAACUUCACUUUAUGUUUUACCUAGUAUUUUGAAAAAAACAAUUGUACUAUCGAUAAUCGGUUACUUGAGUGGAACCGAUUAUCAAUUGUAAAAUUGGAACUGAUUCCCAACACUAGUUAAUAUGGAGGGAAGCCAUCCUUUGACAAAUGUUUGAGUGUCUUAUCAAUAAAGAUGGCAUUUAAAAUUUAAUAAACUUUACCUAAAUAAUUUGUCAGAAGGCUGAAAUUCAAGUGAAGGGAAUGUGCAAGAUGUAAAUUGUUUGCUUUGCAGAGUAUUUUCAGCUCCUGUGAUUUUGUUUUCAGCAUUGGGGUAUUGUUACGCAAAAGAUUUAACCUUGGCCAUACAUGUAGCUCAAAACCAUUCAAGAUAUUCAAAAGAAACUUGGUGCAUAUGUUGCCAGAGACAAUAUGAACAUGUACAGCAAGGUCCAUAACUCUUGCUUUAAUUAAUAGUGGUUGAGUGAUGCCUCUUCUCGACUGAAAAAAACCCAAAAGACAAGUGUUGGUGUUUGAUCUGUGGCACUCUAGUCAGAAAGUGUACCAGCAAAACAGCCCUUUUAUUAAUAUGUAACACUUGUAAACUGCAUGUAAUGUGAAAGUAAUGCAUACAACAUUUUAAUGAAACCUGUUAUAAUUGUUUAGGGAGCAAUAUAAUAUUCUUUGGGAUAAUGCUUUAAAGUGGUCAUAACAUGCAGUUAUCUUCAUUUUACAUAACUUUAACAUGUGCUUGCAAGAAUGUAAGCAAGAAAGUUUAUGUAUUUAAGAAAAUUUUGUUGAUUGUUAUGAUUUCUUUAAAACAGAUCAUAUUUUGUUUAAAUGCUUUUUGUUAACAUACUUUGUUAAAUCUGAUAUUCGUGUUUAUUGUAUUAAUUGUAUUGUAUUGUAUUGUUUGACUAUUAUUAAUCAAUUGUUAUUGUGAUUUUAGAAAGAUUUUUAAAUUACUUUUAAAGGUAAUUUCUAUUUUUUUAUCACACAUUUUUGUGUUAAAUUUAUAACCACUUAAAUAAUUGGGACCAAAGCUUUGCAAUUGUAACUUUUGCAAGCUUUGUGAUGUAUAAUAUUUUUAAUAUUGUAUAUUAUACAAGCACUAGAUGAAAACACAUGUUUUGAAAUUAAGUUUCAAUAUGUUUUUGUUUAAAACUAAAGUGAAAAUUGAUAUUGAACAGUCAACUACUUUUUUGGUCAUUCGAACAAUUUCAUUCUGAAAACUAUGACCAUGCUUUACAAACCCAACUUUUUGAAAAGCCUCCCAUCAGAGAGGUAAUUUUUAAGCUUGUCUAUUUUUGUGAAAAAUCAUUUUCGGUAUUAUUAUAGCCUAUGUGUCAUUUUCAUCAUCUGCGGCGGCAUUGUUAUACAAAAACUUUAACCUUUGCCAUAUCUCAGUACCAUUCAGAAUAUUUAUAUCAAACUUGGUACUCAUAUUGCCAGAGACAAAAGGCAUAUGCAUAAAAAGGCCAAUAACUUUAAUAUUUGUUGAGUUAUGCCCUUUUUUUGACUGACUAAAACAGACAAGCGUUGGCAUUCUCUCUGUGGCACUCUUGUUUUUAUUUACUGUACUCAUAGACCAUUUGAUAGUUCUGAUAAUUUAUAAUCUGAGGCUAGAAUCCUUAUAUAUAUUAGCCUUAAUAAUACUGUCUCCUACGGUGACCGUCACUGUCAGUAAUUUCAGUUGUUCUGUGUUUUAAUGGUGCAUUAAUUUCAACAUAAUUCUCAUCAUUAAUUUUGCUUUAAUUGUACCUCAGCAAGUUACCGUAGUAUAUUGUGUAUAAGAAAUAUUAACAUGUGGCUUAUUUUACAUUGAAUGAUUCAAAGGCAAUCAACGAUUUUUAUGUUACGAGUCAUUUUGUUUUCAUUUUGUUAUCAUAUGCAUAAGAAUUAUUGAAUGUCAACAUGUUUUCCAUUAUUCUGUGUUGCAAUUAAUAUUUAAUUGCAGUGUAUUUUAUUUUGAAGGAUUUGUAUGCAUUUUAUUAUUUUCUUUUUUUGAUAAACAUAUUUACAAGU